CAAAUCCACGCUCGUUUGUCUCCAUCCCGGCCGGUUCUUUCUGCGUGUUCUCCUUGUCAAUUUGCGCCUUGUAUUUUGGCGCUGGGCAGUGUUGCUGGCGCUGGGAUAAGGAAGUGGCAACUGGCAAGCGGAAGCCGUGGCGGAGAUAUUAUAUAAGGACGAAGAGGAGGAGGACCGACCGGAGGAGGACGUAGUGAGGCCCUGUAGUGGAGCGGGAUGGCGUCGCCGCGCGUGUGCGUGACCGGGGGCGGCGGGUACGUCGCCUCAUGGCUCGUCAAACUCCUCCUCUCCCGCGGCUACGCCGUGCAUGCCACUGUCCGCGACCCAAGUGAUCCCAAGAACGCCCACCUCCGGCGGAUGGAAGGGGCAUCGGAGAGCUUGCUCCUGUUCAAGGCCGACAUGCUCGAUCGCGACGCCCUGGCCGCGGCGGUCUCUGGGUGCGAGGGGGUCUUCCACGUCGCCUCCCCUGUGCCCGCAGAUAAGGUCCUCGAUCCUGAGGCAGAGGUACUGUCUCCUGCUGUCAAAGGCACUCUGAACGUUCUUCAGGCUUGCUCGGCAAAUAAUGUUCGGAAAGUUAUCGUGGUUUCAUCCACAGCUGCUGUCCAUUUUAAUCCGAGUUGGCCCCAAGGUAUAAUCCAAGACGAGAGUUGCUGGUCAGAUAAAUUUUUUUGCACUAAGAGUGAGGAAUGGUACAUUGCUGCCAAGACAAUUGCUGAAGAGACAGCACUGGAGUAUGGAGAGAAGAAUGGGCUACUCGUUGUUACAGUUUGCCCUUGUGUCGUUUUAGGUCCACUCCUGCAGCCUCUAAUCAACACCACGAGUGAAGUAUUCGUCUACAUUAUAAAAGGAGGUCCUAGAGCGAUGAAAAACAUCACCUGGAACAUCGUUGAUGUCCGUGAUGUAGCCGAUGCUUUGCUUUUGGUAUAUGAGAAAGUGGAAUCAUCUGGGAGAUACAUUUGUGCACCAAAUCGGAUCAGCACUUACGACAUAGCGAACUUGUUUAGAAAGUUCUACCCCAACUACAAUUAUGUGAAGUGCAGCGACGAGGAUCAUGAAUCUGAAAUGCCGCCGGUUACAUCAGAGAAACUUAAGAGCCUAGGUUGGAAACCAAGAAAAUUGGAGGAAACUCUGCUGGACAGCAUUGAGCACUACGAGAAGGCAGGGUUUCUGCAGGAUGUAGAGGGCUGCCCUUGUCGUCUUCCUUAUCUUUUCCAUUUUGCUUCUAACUAAUAAAGUAAACUAUGUAUUACAGUUACAGUUACUACUUAAACUGCCUUUGGACAAACUAUUUCUCU